CUUUCAGAAAUUUUUGAUGUCGAAGAAUAUAAGAUUCGUUAUACUGACACCGAGGGGGACAAGAUUGUUAUUGAAAAUGAUCCGGAUUUAAAAGAAGCUAUUAACUAUUUCAGUAAUAACUGUGCUAAUGGAAGAUUUACCGUCAAAUUGUGUUUGGAAAAGGCGAUAAAGACUGCGCCACAAUCAUCAUCCGCGCCAUCUUCCGAUAAUGACAAUGAUGAACAGUAUUAUCAAGAAGAAUUUCCUUUCGAAAAAGUGAUUAACACCAGCAUAAAAACCGUGCAAGAAAUGGUAAAUAACUUUGUAAAUCAACUCAGCACGGCCAUAGAAAGGGAUCUAUCAAAUUUGAAUCUGAGUGGAUCUAGACAGCCACAACAAACCACCAAUGAUAAUAAUGAAGGGUCUAAUUCCAAGGAUUCAACACGAGUUUCAAGUUUUCAGUCUUCUACCGAGACUCGACAAGCGCCCAAAUCUGAAUCUUCAGAUGUCGCGUUUCAUCCUGGAAUAAGAUGUGAUGGCUGCGGAAAACCGAUUAACGGUGUUAGAUUCAAGUGCGGCAACUGUGCUGACUUUGACCUUUGUGGGAACUGCGAAGCGUCGCCUGCAACUAAACAUAAUCCUGACCAUGUCUUCAUUAAGUUCAGAAGGCCUGUCCCAUCACCUCUUUCUGCUUCAGAGCCUUUACUCCGAAAUUUCUAUUCUCGUUCAGAAUUUGGAGUUCAUCAAACGAGACGUAGACAAUCAUCAUCUCAACAAAAAUUAGACAACAAGGAAGUGGAAAAACCUCAGGUCUCCAAAAAGUUCGUUAACACUGAGCCCUCGGCUGAUCUUCCCGUCACUAGCCGAGCUCCUGUUGAUCUUUAUACGUUUUCGGGGGUAUCAAAUAUCUCGACACCCUCGCUUGUUAGGAAUCUGGAACCACAGAUUCAAAUUCACACGUAUGUUCCUGCGUCUAGUAUACCCGCGUCGCCUCCGGCAAAUUUCAUCACAUCACAGUCUACUACCAUUGACGAAAUCAAACCUGAACCGGAAACAAAACGGGAGGUCAAAGUUGAGCCGACUUUGGACGCCCUAUUUGUUGAGGAUGUAAAUAUUCCUGAUGGCACCGUACUUGAGCCACAGACCCAAUUUCGCAAGAUCUGGAGGAUGGUUAAUAAUGGGAAUGUUAACUGGCCAGAAAGCACAACUCUACAGCAUAUUGGUGGACCACCAAUGGCCUCUAUUUCUGAGAGUGGAAAAUUUGAGUUCAAAGUUGGUUCACUUGAAGUCGGUAAAUCCAGUGGUGUUGCAGCUGACCUCCGAGCUCCUUCUGAGCCUGGAAGAUAUACAUCACGUUGGUGUUUAACUGAUGGCCAAGGAAAUUCAUUCGGUCAUCAUGUUUGGUGCGAUAUAAUUGUCGAGAAUGACGAACAGUCCUCCAAUAUGUCGUCAUCAUCUAUGAUUUUUCCCGUCUUGAAUUAUGAUCAGAAACCGAAGUUUGUGCAACCUAAUUCAGUUUCGGAACAAUUGUCAUCAAUUUCUAAUUCGGUAGCUUUCUCCGAAGUUAACCAACUUCAGAAUGAAGAGGAUCCGUUUCAAGAUUCCAUUUCUCCUGAUUUAGCUGUUACCGAAUUUGUGAGAAAUCAGGCAGAAGUUGAAAAUAAUUCGGAACUUUGCGAUUCCGACGAAGAAUCUGAUACCUCUUCUAUCGCAUAUAGUGAAGAUUCUUCGCAAGAUUUUGUAGUUGUGGAUAAAGAUUCGGAUGAUGAGAUGGAGCUUUCUCAAUCUCAACAUUCACUACUUGAUCCCCAAACUCCUAAUGAGGAUUUGCAUGUCACACGGUCGGAGGUAAUAUCUUUUUCAUUGCAUAAAGUUUAA